UCCUGACCUGAAUUUCUCUGAGUAGGUUGCAGCUAAAAUGGGUUGGGUGCUAGUCGAGAUUGACUUGUAUAAACAUCUUUGUCUGUUUAUGACUUGCCAGUUGGAUCAGUUUCUCUUCCUCUCGCAUGGUGUAUUCUAAGAUUUUAUUUUCUGAUGUUCUUGAUUAUAUCCAAAUUCAGGAAAUUGUGUUUCCUCUUUGGUGCAGGCAGCCUUGGAAUAGUUUGUCUGCUAUUUUAUACAAUCAACAGAAAUUGCUAUUAAGCUUUACGAAAUCAAAAAUUAUGGUCAAGACCUCUCAAUUUGAAAGGAAAAAUAAAAAUAAAAAUAAAAAAGAGUUGUCUGUUUUUGAUUCAAUCUUAAAAUCUCGACUGAUUUUUUGCUUGUUCUUAAUGGGAGUCUGUUUUAUGUUUCUUUAAAUUUAGUACUUGGAGUUUUUGUAUUUAAAUAACGAGUUUCUUCUACUUUUUUUUCAAUUGAGUUGUUUCUAAUUGUUUUUACUAUUUUCCAAG